AUCAUCAUGGACGAAACUCAAACAUCUGGAGAUGAAGAUUAUUUUCCAGGAUUCAGUUCAGUUGAUCAGAAGAGAUCAGAACCAGAGUCCAGCUGUGUGUCUAUGAAAAGUGUUAGGUCUAUGGAUCGACCAAUGAAGUUUAACAGUGGAGAUACACAGCCUGAUUUCAGCUCAGUACAACAGAAGAGAUCAGAGUCCAGCUGUGUGUCUGUGAAGAGUGACGCGUCUAUUGAUCCACCAAUGAAGUUUAAGAGUGGAGAUUCACAGCCUGGUCUGAGUUCAGUUCAGCAGAAGAGAUCAGAACCAGAGUCUAGCUGUGUGUCUAUGAGGAGUGACGCGUCUAUGGUUUGUCAAGAACAAUUCAAGAGCGGAGAUUCACGACCUGGUCUCGGCUAUGAAGUCCUCAACAUGUUUAGAUCAAAUCUACUGAAGAAGUUUGGGUGUCUGUAUGAGGGAACAGCGAUGCAGGGAAACUCAACACUCCUGAAUGAGAUCUACACAGAGCUCUACAUCACAGAGAGUGAGAGUGGAGAGAUCAGUAAUGAGCAUGAGGUGAGACAGAUUGAGACACAAUCCAGGGUGCAGAAAUUCAUCCUGGACUGUGCUGAAGAGAAAGAGAAUCAGGACAUCCAGCUCAUAUUUCCACUUCCUUUCAGAGAAAUCAACCUGAUGAAGGACAAAACACUCAGUCUUUCAGAUCUUCUUCAUGUCUUCUUCCCUGAAACUAAAGAAAUGGAAAUAUCUAGUGAUGAAUAUAAAGUGUUGCUCAUCUUUGAUGGUCUGGACGAAUGUCAUCUUUCCUUAUAUUUUCAAAGAAAUUAG